AGGAGACAACGGUUUUCCUUGCCUGGGCAGUUCGUGGUGACGCUUACACCCCCAACCCGUACCCAGUCUCUCAGAGAGAGUCCGACGGGAUUAGAACGAAAAAAUGUCGUAAGAACGUCAUCUGAGCUGAGCCCAACGUCCUUAAAUUACGGAAUUUCGGGAUCAAAUUAAUUUGCAAGUAGCUCAUGUGAGGUGGUAGAUUGUCAGACAGAUGAUUCAGAUAUUGCUUGCUCCAAAAUGAGCUCUUUUCUAUUGAAGAUGACCGAUGGAAGUUCGACUAACUGCCCCAGCAACUGCAACGACCGUGGUUUGUGUGUCAGAGGGUCUUGCGUCUGUGAGGUCAAAUAUAGUGGUGGAGCAUGCAGUGAUACAAAUAUAGGAUUUUUCAUUGGUUUUAGUGUAGUUUUCUUCUUUGUUUCUGCAGUGUCUGCAACUCAACUGUUCCUUUGUGUUCGAUCAGAGUUUAAAAAGCUAAAGAGACCAAGCUUAGCCAAAGCUUGCCGGCUUACAGUGCAAAAGACAUUGUAUAUUUGUAUGAUUAUAGCAUGUGGAUCAAGGGGAGUGUACUAUUCAGCUCAGAGGUAUCUUCCUGCCUGGUUAGGAAUCAAUUUAUUCAAUGCAUACUAUCCACCAAUUAUAUCUGGGUUCUCCCUCAUUAUUUGUUUUUGGGCAGAGACAUUUCAUGUGGUUGGUUUGCGGCUUGACAAGCCACGUUUUCUCAGCAAAUCUUCGUUAGCUUUUAUUACAUUCAAUGUAUUUUUGUUCCUGGUCUUUUUGGCACAGUUUAUUACAAUAGAGAUCACAGAUGAACAACGAAAGGUUUAUUUAUCCAAUAUUUUUACUGGCAUUUUUGUUGUCCUGAUGUUCUUGAUGCUUACAUUAUUUCUCAUAUAUGGAGUUGAACUGUAUUACAAGGUGCGGGGUGCUUUUACAACUACAGAGUCAUCAAAUGUUGAUAUCACUCAAGCUGCUAUGUCAAGAUUUGGUCUAUUUUCACAAGCAUCCCUUCAGCUCCUCACAUCUCUUUUCCUUCUUGGUGAUAUUAUGGGAGGAAAAUGGAAACACAAGCUGCCUAUGGAGGGAAGGAAUGCUUUAGAGGUUGUAUUUCGAGUAUUUGAACUGGGCGUAGCGCUCUGGUUUUCUUGCUGUCUUUGGAACUGGAAAAGUCCCAGCCAGCUGUGGAUAUUAAACCCCAAGCGACUGCUCUUACAUGAGACAGAAGAGGAAACCUCCCAUUUAUUUGGUCGAUCUCAUCAUUAUCAUCAUUCAUACGAUGCUAUUGAAACAGAUGCAGAUAUUGACGCGCCUCACCGUGACUGCUGGAUUUGUUAUGACAGUGAUCGCACCGAUGCUGGUCCUAUGAUAUUACCAUGUAAUUGCAAAGGAGAUGUCGCUGCUGUACACCACGACUGUCUGAAAAGAUGGCUUCUUGAGGUAAUGAGUUACUGUACCUCUGAUAGAGUAGCUGUAUGCUUGCUCAAAUUAAUUUCGUAGAUAACUGUGCUUCUGUUUUAUUAAGACUAUUGUGAACGGCCCGAACCUGUGGCUAAAUUCGAGAUGGUACGUGUUUGGUGUAAUUGUCAUAGCUCGGGGUACUCCUAGUCUCGAACGGGGCUUGUGUCGGUGACAGGAAAUUACGUUCUGACAACAUGACCGGAAGUCAUUUCCAGAGCCAAGUGACUUUGACCCGACCUUGAUAACUACUUCCGUUUAUUUGCUGUCCGCUCUUCAAGAUAUCCCACAUUUGGACGAUCACAUUUCUACAACAGAUGCUUGAAAAACCUUCCUAAAAGUGGAUUCAAUCCUCUUCCCUUAUUCGUUGGUAAAGUAGGAUGAGUUGAUAGGAGAUGAGAGCUUUACCAGUUUGCUUGAAGAUCUUUAUCAACCUCACAUCCUUGAAGGUUUAAGAUGCAGCCCCAUAUUUUGAUCUGAAUUCCUUAUCUUCCAGUCUUG